UAAAAUGGCUGACUUAAAGAAUUUUGUUGCUCUCGAGAUAGAAAAGUUGAACGUUAAUGAUAUAAUUGAGAUGGUCGCAUCUCCCAAUUGUGGGGCAAUAUCAACAUUCAUUGGAACAACGAGAGAUAAUUUUGAAGAGAAGAAGGUUGUACAAUUGGUAUAUGAGGCUUACGAGCCAAUGGCCAUCAAGGAAUUGCAAGCCGUUUGUAACAAAGUACGCUCGCAAUGGAACGUUGAAAAAAUAGCGAUAUACCAUCGUUUGGGAGAGGUUUCUAUUAUGGAGGCGAGCGUUGUGAUUGCAAUUUCUUCAGUUCAUCGGCAGGAAUCGUUGCAGGCGGUACAAUUUACCAUAGACGCGAUAAAGUCGUCGGUACCUAUAUGGAAAAAGGAAGUGUACGAAGAGGAUGAACCUCAAUGGAAGGCGAAUAAGGAGUGCUUUUGGACAGCAAAUGAUACUAAAAUUGCUGCGGGAAAAACUAUUAAAUCAAACGAAGAAAGUAGUACGAAUGAAAUCAAUUAUGCUAAUGUGGUUGUCGAUGACAUAGAGAUAGAUCUCGAUAAUGUUUACGAAACAGUAGAGGUAAAAUCGGAAAAUGUUAAUAACGACGAUCAGGACGAUCAGGACGAGGACAGUGGUAACGAGGAAUUUUUAAUUAAUCCAGAUCAAAUUCAAAUCAAAGCCGAUGAUCAAGAACUUAAUCGUAGAAUAGAGUCUUUUAUUGCCCGUAAACGUGAACAAGUAAAUUUAAUUAACAUACAGGAAUUUUGCUGUUUGAGUAAUCAAAUCCAAGAUGACGAUAAUGAUGAUAAUACACAUGUUUGUGCUAGAGUUAACGCAACUUUUAUAAGACAUAAAGAUGUAAAUCACGUGAAAGUGCACAGGGUGUACAAUCAAUGGAGUCAACAAAAUAUGGAGUUCAAUGCUCCGUUCAAAUCAUUAAAAAACGAAUCCAAUACUUAUCCCUCGGCUCUUGAAGAAAGACUUUCCGUAUCAGAAAAAAUAUUAGGAAUCAAUAAACCAGUGCCUCGAGAUGUAUACAAAAGGAUAAAAAAUAUAGAAGAUCGUCUAUUAUUUUUAGAAAGUAUUUCACCAGAAUAUAAAGAUUUAUGGUCCAUUGAUGAUUGUGAUAGUGUUAAGAGUUUUGAUACUUGUAACGAGAAGACUAAUAGCAGCGAAAACAGUAAACCAACAAGAAAAAGAACUUAUUCGUCGACAGAUCCUGACUCAAAAUUAGAUGAAUUUGAUUAUAGGCACGCAAAGAUCGCUAAAUAAUGUUUGCGAUGAAAAUUCAUCCUUCGACAACUGCAAAUACCUUUAGUUCUU